ACUGUAGCCUGCAUCAGCCUCCUCUCGUAUUGCCCACAAUGCUUUGCGAAGUGGCAACGUAGCCGGCUAUGGCGGAGGCGGUGUCCGCGCAUGCGCUUUGAGGGGAAUAAGCGUGUUAAAAAAAAAAACCCUGAGAGCGAAAGAAGCCGGUGCCGGUGAGGGGCUGAUUGACGGGUUCAUUGACGGCAACCGCGCCGCGCCCGCCGGUUCCGGACCAGCCGCUGCUCCCCCUCCUCCUCCCUCAGAAUCAUGGCAAGUCCAAGAACAAGGAAGGUCCUUAAAGAAGUGAGAGUGCAAGAUGAGAAUAAUGUCUGUUUUGAAUGUGGUGCGUUUAACCCCCAGUGGGUGAGUGUGACCUAUGGAAUUUGGAUCUGUCUGGAAUGCUCAGGAAAACACAGAGGCUUGGGUGUUCAUCUCAGUUUUGUGCGCUCUGUUACUAUGGAUAAAUGGAAGGACAUUGAGUUGGAGAAAAUGAAAGCUGGUGGUAAUCUUAAAUUUCGAGAGUUUUUAGAAUCUCAAGAAGAUUAUGAUCCUUGCUGGUCACUGCAAGAGAAAUACAACAGCAGAGCUGCAGCACUUUUCAGAGACAAGGUGGCAACAUUGGCUGAAGGUAAAGAAUGGUCAAUUGAAACAUCACCUGCAAAAAAUUGGACACCACCUCAGCCCAAGGUUUCUCUGUCCUCAGCUCAUCGAAGCUCUGCUGGACAGCAGCAAAAUACUGGUGCUACAUCUGACAAAGCAUUUGAAGACUGGCUAAAUGAUGACAUUGGUUCCUAUCAAAGUGGUCAAGAGAAUCGUUAUGUUGGGUUUGGAAAUACAGUUACUCCUCCAAAGAAAGAAGAUGAUUUCCUUAAUAAUGCCAUGUCCUCGCUCUAUUCUGGAUGGAGCAGUUUUACCACUGGAGCAAGCAAGAUUGCUUCUGCAGCUAAAGAAGGUGCUACCAAAUUUGGAUCCCAGGCAACUCAAAAGUUUUGGGGCCACAAACAGCAGGCAGAGCCGGCUUCAGAGUUAGGUCAGAGUUUAAAUGAAAAUGUUCUCAAACCUGCGCAGGAAAAGGUGAAAGAAGGAAAAAUAUUUGAUGACGUUUCCCAGGGAGUCUCACAUUUGGCUUCCAAGGUCCAGGGAGUAAGUGGUAAGGGAUGGCGAGAUGUGACCACUUUUUUUUCUGGAAAAUCAGAUGGGCCUUCUGAAAGGCCAACUGAGGGGGAGAGCUACCAGAACAGCGGAGGUGAAGGCUACCAGAACAAUGCAGUUGACCACAGCUUUUGGGAGACCUUUGGCAACUCAGAGCCACCCAAAACACAUAAGUCCCCAAGCAAUGACAGCUGGACCUACGUGGACAAUUCAACAGAGAAGAAGAGCUCCGAUAGCUGGGAUGUCUGGGGGUCAGGGACAGUUUCCAAUAACAAGAACAGUAACAGUGACAGCUGGGAAAACUGGGAGACCAGCUGGGAGAAUGCCGCUGGGGAGGGCAAGACCAGCAAAGCUCCUAAGAAGACAGCAAAAGAAUCUUCUUCAGCUGCUGAAGAAGGCUGGGAUAACCAGAACUGGUAGGACUCUGUCCCUGUCCAGCAAGUCAGAGGAAGAGUCAUAUCUCUGGAAAGAUUUCCUAGGUGACUGGAUUCAUGUCCUUCUCAUUUUGGGGCCUCUUUAAACCUCAUGCUUACAAGUUCCAUUCUUCCUCUCCUGUUUACAACUACAAUAAAAAACAUAUUCAUGUGCAGACUAUUAUACUUACCAUAUGAAGACACAUCUCUCCCAUGGAAAUGACCUUGUGCAUAAGAUAUAUUCUCACUGUGCUGCUGUUGUACGUGGAGCAUGCCACAACUUCCCUAAAGCGAGAGUUUGGAGGAAGCAAGCCCAUGUGAACAUACUUUCAUAGCACAACGUUGCAUGUGCAGUCUUACAGGAUUGUCCAGCUUCUCUUUGAAGCUUAUGCUGAAGUUCUUGAGAACUGAGGAGUAUGACAUAGAGAUAUCUUCAACAGAUCAGUGAACUGUGACUGAAGCUGCUGGGAUAGCUUUGAGUAGAGCCAAAAUAAUAAUAAAAAGACUCCACUGGAGCAGUUCUUAGAUUGAUCAAGGUUUAAUAUUUUAAAAGAAACCCUCACUUCCAUUUUAAUUAUAUCAUGACAAAGAACCAUCUUGAGCUUCUUCUCUAAAACAGCUGGAAAAUCAAGUAAGAGAUAUUUCCUGUUUCUGCCUUGGGCAAUUUUCAGCAGGUGUGUAACAGAUCCCGCCCCUUUUUUAAAUUAAAGGACAUGUUCCACCAACCUUCUCUUAUACCUAAGAUUCCAUAUGCUGUUUAGUAUGUUUGUAGCAGAUCUGUGUGAUACAAGAAGUGGGGAAUUUCAAAGGAUUCGACAAGAUAGGCGCAAGAUGUGUUGAAGCAGAAUCUCCAAAUGGCAAAAGCAAAAUUCUGAUAUACAUCAUUCUAAUUAAGCAUCAGUGUUAUUUAUGUUUAAAUAACAUUUUAUUUCAAUCAAACAUUUAUUUUAAACAUUAAGCUAAUUAAAUAAAAAAACAUUAAUUUGAUCCUUUGAAUGCACUUAUGAAUGAAAUCAGUUGGAAAAAUUCUGUAAUAGGAUUUUGCACUUCCUUUCCCCCCCCCCCUUCUCACAAGCAGAAGAAUGUUAAACAAGAAUGGUUAGGCUGCAGCUUUCAUCAUGUUGGGCUGUUCUGCAUGGUAUUUGAGAAGAAUUCAGGUAUUUCUUUCCACAGGGUCUUGUGUAAAGUAUAUUCCUAGUGCCUGUAGUCAGUAGUCUCUUCUAUCAUUUCUGUAUGUUUACAGCACAGUAUGUCUGCCAGGAUGCGGGAAAUUUUGAAUCACGCUAUGACUGACUGAAGCCCAAUAGGAAUGCCAGUAUAGAUUCUUCAGGUACUAAUGUUUUGCUUGCAAACUUCCACUUCAAAGGUUUGGUUCUCUGUCUAAGAAGGCUUUUGUCUGGUCAGCUCAGCUCAUUGGCUUCUGGCCUGGCUCUUCUUGGGUGAGAUUUGCCGCAGUUGUAAACAUCCAAGUGCUCAUGAUUCAGUGAACAAUGUCUGCUGUAUAUAAAGGUCUAUACACAUGUGCGAACUACCCACUAAGUAUUAAUAGUAUCCUAGGAUUUGUGUGUAUUGUUCAAUAUGUCAGUAUCUGCCUUGUAAAGAAAUAUGAUCUUGCCGGCUUGUUCUGAUGUACUUCUGCACUAGUCUUUAAGACAUCCAAUUAAAAUGUUCCUUUAGGUUUUCCCAUUAUUGUUUUGGCUCCACUAUUCUGGUCAGACCAUCCUCUCGGGCCCUUUCAGUCUAUGGUGGUAGCAAUGAGGUGAUCCAUACCUUUUCUUUAAGAUCCCUUAGAAGUGCUUUUCUCAUGCCAGAUGGACUCCUCUGUCUUAUUUUGAGAACUCUAACCUUGUACAGCUCUUCCUUGCAAAAAUAAAUCUGGACAUAGUUAAAUGCUUUUUCUAAUGCUGGUGGUUCCAUCUUUGCCAACACUUUGAAUCUUUCCAUGUUGUCUGUUUUUCCCUUAUCUCAACCCUUUCUGUUCUGCAGAUGGGAACAUGAGAAAAUAACUGCAUGUAAUUCUGUAGUGCCUAGCAUUAACUUAUACCUGUCUUUCUUUAUCAGCUCUUUCAAGGACACUUUAUUGCCUGGGUUUGAAACCAAUGCAUGUGCUCUGCAGAUCUUCCACCUACUUAAGUGUGAAUUAUUAUCUCCAGCUUAUAACUUGGCAGUAAAUCUUUCAGAAACCUUUGCAAGGAACAAGGAUGGGAAAAUAUACUUGAGCUGCUUUCUGAAGCAGCCUGUCUGAAUUAAUGUGAUCUCUAUGUUGUCAAAAUAUUUUGCUACUCCAUGUACUGUCACUUUAUAAAACAUUCAUGUGGCCUCAGUUUGUUUGAACAAAUGAAUUUGAUGUAUGUAAACAUCCA